AUGGACGCCCAAGCAUCGAGCCGUAUUAACAAGUUCGACGGCACGAACUUCCAUACGUGGAAGUUCAAGAUGCAAAUGGUGCUGGAAGAGAAGGACCUCUGGGACGUGACAAGUGGUGAAAUCAAGCUUGAACACCUGACAAGCCCGCUGGACCAAGGAACCUACAAGCGCAAGUCUCGGAAGGCACUAGCGAUCAUCUGUCUGGCGAUGGAGGAUUCGCAGCUGCCACUGGUUCGAUCGUCAAGUGGCGCGCAUGAUGCUUGGUCGCGGUUGGAGGGACACACGAGAAGAUGA